AUGUUUCGAGCACAGGGCCCAGGAAGUGAAAAGAGCAUGCGCCGAGGAAUCAGAAAAGAGGCGCCGUGGUCGCCAGAGGCGCCGUCUUCAGAGCUCGUGACUGCACAGUCGUUCCCCCCCCCCUCGGCUACCGUUCGGCCUCCUCGAGCGGAGCCUGUUUUUUUGGGCGGCACCCUGGCCCCCUCUCGUCCCUCCCGCCUCGAGCCUGCACCGCUGCGGCGCCGGCGCCGCGGAGGGCGGGCACGUGCCACGAGCCCCCGCGGCGGCAGCCAGAGGGCGUCUGUGCGCUCGCGGCUCGCGGCGCCCGCGGAUCGCCCCCGUCUGGCCCGCCUGGCAGAGAGGCCCGCGGCGCCCCGGGGCGCAGAGAGGGGCGUCCCCGAGAUCAGCGUGUGCAGGUGA